GCUACUUCACCAGACGGAUAGAAUGAGACUAGACUAGAGAUUAGAACACAGUUCCGCGCCUUGUAGGUUUUCCUCCUACAACCAAGGAAGCGCGGUUGAUCAACUAAUUGUGCCUCACAACUACCUGCUGUCGCUCCGUCGCGUUCACUGCCCAUUUGCCAAGUGCUAAUAUUAAUCAUCUGGCCAUGAUUUCAUCGACCUUCCUUCGGUAUACAGCCGAUCUCUAGGUCCACCUCGUUUGACAGCUCAUUUCCGACGCCCUUCCCCUCUGAAAGGCUGUGAUAAUAUCAGUUAUUAGUUAUUGUUUCCUGUAGAUUCGAAGAGCCUAAGGAGUCGAACCAGAGACACCGCCCAGGAGUGCGUGAGACGCGCACGGGGGAAAGGCAAGCGGCAGCAUGGCUCGGGCUCCUGGAGCGAUGCUGCUGGCAGCUACGACGACGUGCCUGCUGCUGCUGCUGCUGCUGGGUUCCGCUAGUGCCAAGGGCAAUGGCCACGCGUUCAGACCCGUCCCCUUGAGCAGUCGCGUGCAGUUCCCCAAUUUCCAGUCCACCGACCUGCUCCAUCUCUUCGGUUCCGCCUCAUCCUACCACCGAAAGGCCGUGCGCCUCACCUCCGCGGAGCACUCUGCGGGCGCGCUCAUUCUUCGCACGCCCGUCGUGCUCCUCGACCGCCCGGGCAACUCCGCCAACAGCUCCGCCUGCCGCGCGCUCGCCUGGAGCUCCGUCUUCUCCUUCCGCGUGAGCGGCCCCGCGGACGGCUUCGCCAUGGUGCUGUGGCAGCGCUUACGCAACCUGGGCUCCGCGGACGGGUAUCUGGGGUACGGGGGUGGCGUCCGCUACCGCCGCUCGCGCGCGCUGGCGAUAGAAUUCGACACGUACCAUAACGUUUGGGAUCCGAAGCCCAGUUUUAGCGCCAGUGGCGCUGAUGGCGGCUCUAGGGGCGGGAUGGUAUCGAGCCACGUGGGAAUCAACUUCCGCAACUCGGUAAAGUCCCUCGCGGCGCAGAUGCUGGUUGCGCCGCUAAACGACACCAAGAUCCGGCGCGCGUGGGUGAUCUACGACGGGCGCGACCUCGCGGUGUACGUGGGGCGCGGGCGCACGCGGCCGCGGCGGGCGGUGAUGCGCGGGCGGAUGAACCUGUGCGCGGUGCUGAAGAAGCCCGGGUUCUUCGUGGGCUUCACGGCGUCCUCCGCCGCCUCGCCCGCCGUGCACGAUAUUCUCAGCUGGACCUUCGCCGUCGCUCCGGCGGCGGCGCAGCAGUGCCCCACGUGCCUGAGCACGACGGCGUCCAAGACGGCCGUGGCAUGCUGCUCGCCGUUCCGCUGUUGCAACGGCUUCUGCCUCGCGCCCACGGAGCUCUGCGGCGGCAGCAAGUGCUGCGGCAGUCCUGCGAACGGCAGAGUGUGCUGGGCGAACAGGUGUUGCAGCGUUACCAGUAUCUGCAUGACGAAGGAGAAGAACGCUGUAUGCUGUAACCAAGUUGGCAACAGCACAUGUUGCCUCUAGAGUCUAAUCACCCUCUUUUUAAGUGCGGCCAUUCUUUAGUAGUUCUCUCUAUGGACACUAUCUGUCCGUGGAAUUAUUAUUAUAAUAGCAUCAUGCACCAGAACUACCUGCUGUGUGCACCAACCUAAUCAGA